AUGAGCAAACCUACAAAGUUUAUAAGUAAACUUUAUGAGAUACUUGAAGUGAGUUAUUGAUUAUAAUAUGAAGUCAAAUGAAUAUAGAAAAUAUAUCCGUUGGUAAACAUCUGGAAAUAGUUUUGUAAUUCCUAAGAUUGAAGAAUUUUCUUAAAAAGUGAUGGUUGAGAACUUUACAACAAAAUGCUUUUAAUCAUUUUUGAGAUAGUUGAGUAUGUAUGGAUUCAGUAUGAAAAAAAAUGAACGAAAUCAGAAAUAGUAUUAGCACCAGUAUUUUGUGAAAGGCAAGUUCAAGGUUGAAAAUAAGAAGUAUUUAGGAUUUGUAUAAGAUAGUACGUAAUUAAAGAGUAUCCACAGUAUUAGUAGAUGAGAACGAUUUAAAUUAGAUAAGGUAAUCGAAUAUUGAAUUGAAAAUGCAAUUAGAUAGAUUGAAAGAACAAUAAGGACUUUUAUCUUAUCAUUUAAGAAUAUAAUCUAAAAAAUAGGAAUUAAUAUUAUUGAAAUUAGAUGAUUUAUUAAAGGUAAUAUAUUGAUAAUAUAUGAAAUUAGAAAUGUCAGAAAAAAAAGAAUCCUGAAAUUUAUAAACCAUAUAAGCAAACAUGGGAUUUGAUGAUGAAUUUGUUAAAAGGAUAUUAACCAUAAUAUGGUUCUAUCUUAAUAGAGCCUUUAUAUGAAAUUUGUGAACCAAUGACUCCAUUUUCUGAAAUUUAGAAUACUCCUCUUUAGUUUCCCUUUAUAUGA